AUGGCUUAUACUCGUCUGGGUCACGUGUGUGGCUUCCCCGGGAGACCAGUGGAUGGCGGCUUCUACUUAGACUUGAAGGUUGCGCGGCCGGGCGACACUGUGGAAUACUUCUGCUGGCCCGGAUUCUCGCUGUUCGGAAAGAAGGAGCGCGUCUGCCUGACCGAGGGGUUUUGGUCCGACCACAUGCCAGUCUGCAUGGAGAACCUGGCGGAGGGACAGCACACGGCUUCGUCCAUAGUAAAGCAGGGGCAGGUAUCCAGCCUGGCGGUGGAUGGCGACAGGACCACAUGCACCAUUCUGGAUCGCGCCACCACACAGCGCUACUGGCAAGUCGAUCUGCCGCCAGGUGUGCGCAUCGGUCACGUCGCCAUCACCAUCUCCCCCCUUGACGAGGAUGACGAGAAAAGAAGGAGGAGAGAAGUGUGGCCCGGAGAGCAUUUCGUUGCUGAGAGUACACAAGACGGCAAAAGGAAAAAGAGACAUUUCUACACCCAGCACUUCCAGUUUCCAAAAAAACCCUUCCAGCAGCUCACAAUAUAUAUUGCCAUGGUAACAGAGGCUUUAAUGGCGCUGUACUCGAAGUGCUUGGAAUUCAAAGGGCUGUUCUACAAAUCUCGCAUGGUGCUCCCGUGUGACGGCAAGGAUGGCCUCAGUGGAAAAUUCCUGUACAUCCAAGACAAUAGCAACGAGUACACACAGACGGUUCUCUGCGAAGUCGAAGUCUUCGCUUACAGAGGUGCAGAAAAAUGCGGUGAACCGGAAAUUCCCGUGUACGGCAACGUGACAGUGGAUGAUGGAACAGCAACUUAUACGUGCGACCAAGGCUACAAGCUUCAAGGAGUCAGGAUCCGGGUGUGCUCAGUUGGAGGACUAUGGUCCGAUUACCAACCCGUCUGCGUUGAGAUUACCUGCGGUAACCCGGACCAGUAUCCCCACGCCGAGAGCGAGCUUACUAACGGGUCAUCGACUAUAAAUGCUACUGCUGAAUACAAGUGUGACUACGGCUACAUGAUGUCUCAAGAGUCCAUUAAGACGAUGGUGGUAUGUCAACAAGAUGGGACCUGGGACAAAGCUUAUUUUACCUGUGACAGAGAUUAUACAAUCGAUUUAAGAUUUUAUCUUGGGGACAAGCGAAAGACUGGAUAUUCCUUCAUCGGAAGAGAAGACCCUUUUAGCUUUCCGUUAGUGACUGCAGCACUGUGCGUAGGUGUGCUUGUGAUGCUGGCUGUUGUAGUGGCCUGUAUCAUCACAUGGUAUCGUGCCAAACGAGUGAGAGAGAUGUCAGCUACUGAUGAUGAUGAUGACAAUUCUUUCGCAACAAACGAAGAAGACUAUAUUAAUACAGAAGAGUAUCCCACACCAAGUAAUGUUCCAACAAUUUCCGUGAGUGAUCGGGCGUUCAAUGAACUGCCACCUAUUUUGGAAGAUGAAGAGUCUUUUGAAAUGCAACCCCUUGAAAUUCCAUAUAGCUGGGAGCGCAGAGAACUAGAUACAAAAAUUUCAAUUCCGGAAGUCCAAACCAAUGCAAAGAAAACUAUUACUUGGGGAGAAACCAAAUACGAGACGGUAUCAAACUCUCCAACAAAUGAAUAUUGCUACAAAGCUUUAGGAAUGAGAGCAGAUGAUAGUGUGAUGUUGGCUAUGGAAACAUUGCCGGAGCCGCAAGCAGAUAUUGAAACAGAUGAUAACAAUGAUAGCGAUGGAAGUAACACUGAGGUAAAAAUUCGUUGGUCACUCCCUUCUUCCCUCAAAUCCUUUUUUAAGUUCAAAAAAAUAUUUUUUGGAAACGGAAUGCGCAACAAGGAUCGUCCACAGAACAAAGCCGAGAUGUGUGCUCAGGUAGAUAAUUUCCUUGACGAGAAUCCGGAGGCAGAUGAAAAUUUGCAGUACCAGGAGUGCAGUGGUGGAAUUGCAAAUCCGAGUGCCGAUCAGGUGGUCGCUUUGUCUCAUUACGUUCUCGUUGAUGGAAACCCUGAUCUCUAUCCAGGCCUUCCUACGGGGCCAGCUAAGAUCCCAAAGGGGCGUUCAACCUUCUCAGCUUUCAAGCAGCUCUUUUCUCCAUAUACUGAUAAAAUGUAAAUUUGGUGGUAUCUACAGUCACCAACAACAGUCAGUUUCACAUUAAAUGACAUAUAUUGAUGAGAUAUUUGAAGAGAGAAAUUUAUAAAACAGAAAUUUAUGAAACCACUAAUUUUUCAAUUGAAAAACGUGGGAAAAUGGUGUUGUGUUCACUACUAUCGUUAGAGUUGUAAAAAUGAUUUCUAAGUAAUCGACGUCUUUCGAAGAAGAAGGUAUAGUUGGUGGACGCAUUCAUUUUCCCGUGAAUCUCAGCAAUUACAUAAAAACCACAUAAAAAAAGGAAGAGAGGAAAAACAUAUAAAAAUCGGUGUUCAUUGUUCACAUGGUAAAUUAAAGAACAUAUCGUUUUCAAAGUAAUUUAAAGCGAUAUUAAAUAUAUAUUCUAUAUUUGCAUGUUUGAUGUAUUUUUGUACAUAGCAGAAAUUUAUUCUACGUGGAUAACAAUAGUUCUUCAUGAAAAAAUAUCAGUGAUGUCGAGUGUUUUCCUAUUUACAAAAAUAACAUAUUUUCGAACAAAAAUUCCGGGAAAUGAGGAAAAGUACGGAAAAGGGCACUACAUAAGAAAUUUUUUGAUGAAAGAUAUAAAUUUUACCACUCAAGAUCACGUCAUACGGAAGGGGCAUCAAAAAUUUAUGAAAAUAUAAUUUUUUUCAAUCCUGCUUUUCAUAUUGAUUAUGCAAGUUAAAUGUUGUACCAUGUUUAUUGCAAAUUAACAAAUUAGUUGUGACAUGUAAACUCAGAGAAUUGUAAAUUAGGUGUUUCUGCUUUUACCCCUGUGGAUGUCAAUGUUAGUCUCCAUAAAUAAUAACUUACCCAU